AUGUCAAUACUGAUAAGGAAUAGCGAGCCAGAGGAGAAUCCUACCGAGGAUCCGGAGGAUAUGGAGAAGGAGACUGAGGAGGAUCCUAAUGAAGAUUUAGAGAAACACGCACAAAAGACAAUUCCCACAUGCGGAGGUGUUAUGAAGAAGAAGCCUAGGAUGCGAGUCCAUGGAUUCCUGAGUCUCACGGGGAACUUUCACCCGUACUGCGCUGCCCCCGUUGAGCCUGUACCAAACCCUGUAUCUGAAGCUCCUUGUACGAUUCAAGAGAUGAGGAUGCAUGAUCCUGCCUGGAUAACCGAUGUUGUGAAUGAAUGGGUCCGAGACCAGGGAGGAACCCAUAGAUUUGAGGUAGUGCAAUGCUUAAAGGCGAAAACCAUAGCCACUACUGAGGAUGAUAGACUUUCGUACUUGUUUGACCGCACCCUGCGACUUGGCCAUAAAGUUGAGGCCAUAGGUGGUGAGGUACAUACCGUGGGUGCCAUCGAUGAUCUGCGGGCCAGACAGAUUGAGGAAAUGAGAUCCCAGAGGAGACGGGAUCAGGAGGACAUGAAGAAAGAUCAUAGCAGGACUUAG